UAGUAACUUGUGCCACAUAUUUUAAUUAGAAUUUAGUCAAUUCCUGGAACAGCAUUACUAUCCAAUUAUUUUGUGGUUUUCGUUCCGCAUGAUGAUAUCAAAUUUGAUAAAUUUAAUCAUUGAUAAACACAAUCUUAUCAGUAGAAAAAGCCUCAAUGUAGAAUAUAAGGACCUGUGCUUUCUGAAAUUAUCGUCAGUUGUCAUAAGCACGGAAUAAGCACGGAAUACUAAAGAUGAGUUUCACCCCAUUUCAAUUGGAAGUUCUGGCGCGCCACAAUCAGCACCGUGCCAAGCACUCGGCCUCACCUUUAGUGCUCGACGCUGGCAUUUGUCAAUACGCUCAACAAUGGGCUAAUUACAUUGCAAGCCGAAAUAUUAUGCAGCAUCGCAGUAAUAAUAAAUACGGAGAAAAUAUUUACGCGUCGUUCGGAAAGAGCAGCGUCACGGGUACGGAAGUAGUGGAUGCGUGGUACAAGGAGAUUAAAUUUUACAGAUUCGGCGCUGCGAAUCCAUCUAACUUCAUGCAAGUGGGCCACUUCACCCAGGUGGUGUGGAAGAAAUCACGAAAAAUGGGUGCUGGAAUUGCUGUAAAUGGUAGAAACAUUUACGUCGUCUGCAACUAUGACCCCCCGGGCAACUAUGGAGGCCAAUAUCCUGCCAAUGUCACUAGAUCAUGAAAUACAGCUUAUGUAUGUUAGAAUGAUAGAAUUUUAGCUAUUAUGCGGAACGGCAUUUUGCCAUAUUAUUAUUAGAGAGACGGAAAUGUCAUAAUAUACUUGAGAAUGUGAAUCAUUAUUGGAGAGAAAGUGUCAAUGACUAACACAGAGGCUGAUGUUCCUAUAAGUGGACUAAGCGGCCGCGUUGGGUCCCCGGCAUGAAGAGGGCUCCGAGCUCAAUAAAAAAAACUUGUUUAAGUGGUGCAUCCAAUCCAACGUAUUGAUUUGAUAUAACAUUAUCAAGAAAUUUGCCGAUAGUCGUAAAGUGUGUGUGUCAUACGGUUUCACUCGUUGAGUUCAAAAUUUGUUGAAAUUGAAUUCGUAAUCAAAUGCAAGGAGGUUUUAAUAUGGAUCUGUGCAUUCUGUGUGAUUUUUUCUUCGAGUUAUAAAUUUAAUAUAAUAAAUACUUAGAAAUAUUGCCAGAAUUGCCACUUUCGUUACAGUCUUUACUAGUGUUGUGCUUUUUGAAUCUUUUGAAAAGAGUCAUUCGUAUGAAUCUUCCAUGAAGAGUCAUUCAAAUCAUGAGCCGACUCUCAAAAUAAAAAUCC